GGUUGGGGUGUCAGGGUAGGGAAGGGGGUGGUGCUGGCAUCUUAUUUCCCCUCACACGUUACGGAAGUCUGGAUCACAUUUAAAACACAUGUUACUGCUCUUCGGCUGUGUGCGGUUUGGCAACUCCAGAGGAAAAGACACUGAUAAGGGAUUUAACAGGCUGGGGAUUCGAUCACUUGACAAACCAACAUUAAAAAGGGAAAACGGGAACACACAAGCAAAUACAAAUCGCUCUUUGAGGCAGCAGAAGCAGCAUCAGUGGGAGAUACAUAAGGGCAGGCACCAAGACAGACAAACUAGUUUCUCAGAGCUUUUUCAGAAUUAGCCCACGUAUUAGAGGAAGGAAUUGUGUGGCUACUCUUGCACCUCAGGGCCUUUUUAAGUGGACAAACCACAGCAGGAUCUGGAGAACUGAUGACUGACAGAGGGGAAGUUUAACAUACAGAUAUUGUAGCCAUUGAAAUUAGCGGUUAAAUGGAAGCCAGAAGUGAGCAGCCUUUUCAGGAGGUGGGAAUAUAAAGAAGAAAAGAGGACACAGAGGAGUUUGUUCAGAUCAUCUCCCUAGAGGUCCUGAAAUUUCUCACAGGCCUUCAACCAAUUGGACAAAAGAGAGCGUGCUGACAAGAAGUAUUCAAGGUCAUCCUGACUUUUCUUUUUUCAGAGGUAAUCUCCAGCUUCUAACUUCUAGUAGCCUUGUUAUUAAACUGGACACCUUUGGUUCUGCAUCAAAGCCUCUGCAAUAAGAGGUGCAUGUUUUAAAGCCUCUUUAGCCUCCUCCAUUUGGCUAGUGGGUGUCUGGGUUGCUGUGACAGGUUACGUCUGGCUUCGAGACACAACCACUCUCUACUGUGCAGCUGGAAGAUCAAGAGUUUCUAUUGCACAUACCUGCACUGAGAGGACUGAGUGUGUGUGGUCUGAGGGACUCUGCUGGUCUGGGAAACGGAGUCAAAGAGGCAGCCAGCUCUUUCUGUCAGCAGGAAAAGGAGAAAAGUUCAUAACUGCUGAGUGCUUCUCAGAGAAAGCGGGCAGAGUCAAGGGAUGAUGAUGAAGACGAAACGGACACUCUGCAGAAUCUCCUGCUUGGUGACUCUGGUGGUGGAGCUGAGCUGGAUAAACGUGGGCCACAGCAUGCACAGAGAGGGUACAAGUAGGGUAAUGAAGCAGUGGGAAAGGAAGGUGCGGUCAUCAUCUAGCCUGGAUGAGCUGCUGAGGCUCACAGAUUUUCCUGACUGGAAGUUGUGGAAGUGUCGACUGAGACUGCAGCAGCCAGAAACCCUUUCUCCUCCACCUUCAGUGGGCUCACACCGCUCUACACGCUACGCUGCAGAAUCUUACAGCCUGGAGAUUCUUAAAGCCAUAGAUGAAGAGUGGCAGCGGACUCAGUGCAUGCCAAGGGAAACAUGUAUCGACGUGGCCAAGGAGCUCGGCACAGACCCUUCAAUGUUCUUCAAGCCACCUUGUGUGUCCAUCCACAGGUGCAGUGGCUGCUGCAAUCAAGAGGGGAUCACAUGCAGAAACACAACUACUGUUUAUGUGAAUAAAACUGUUCUUAGUGUCAUCCCAUUCAAGUUUGUACCAGAACCUGUGCUAAUAAAAGUGGCUAAUCAUACAGAGUGCGGGUGCAUGGAGCCUGCCAUAAUACGACGUAAUGCUCAACCUUACAGCAGCAGCGGCUGCUCUCCGACGGGCCAGCUGUCUGAGGCAGAUGACUUCAGGAGACUUUGUGCCAAUGGGUUGAUUUGGGAUUGUUCAACUGACAGAUGCAUACCUUACCCUUCCAGUACACCAGACUUACCACUCAGUGCAUGGAUGCCAGACUGUGAGAUAGACGUGGAGCGCUGUGACUGUCCUCCUAGACCUGUGCCAACUCUCCAACCAAGACCAGCCCAUCGCUGUCAACUCAACACUUCCAUCUGUGCCUACAAGCAUCAACAUUUCGAUAAAGCCUCCUGCAGUUUAUUAUUAAACAGGUGCUGGGAAAUAGGAAAAGGGAGAGGAAGAAAAAUAAGAGGAUCCAGUAUAAGGUACAUGAAAGUUCCCAGCAGCUACUUAGACAUGCACGAUGAACUGAAUAAACAAAGUGAUCAGUUUCUACAACUUGUGCUGAGUUCAGCUUCAUCCAGGGUGAAGGCUGGCAGAGCGGUACUUUCUGAGCUCUCUAGUGUCUGAAUUCAUGUAUAUUUUACAAUUCUAAAUGUUCUUUCUUUUAUUUACAGAUGCAAAUAGCCCAAGUAGAAGUCCAGGGGGGAAUACAUUAGGACAACCUGCUCGCCAAGUAUGUUUGGAGGCAGAGAAAAAAGGCUUAUAAUUUAUUUACAGUCCUAUUUAUGCUGAUCACUUUAACUAAUUAAGAUAAUAUUAACUCACAUGACCAUGUUCAUUGAUUUCUUUAACAAGCCUACUUUAUGUUUCAAUCAAUGUAUAAAGUGUAUGAUUUGUACAUGUGUUCUUUGUGCACUGAAUAUGUAGUUUACAUUAAAGGAUUAUUUUUAUAAUUUGAA